UGUGUUCUAAUAACCGCCAAAAAAGACAAUACGAAUUAACUAACGGAUUCCUCAAAAACCCUACUUCCAUCCUUUACAUUCCCAAAAUCAAAAUCAGAGGCUGGCGUUAUCCUUAUUUUCAGAAUAUUCAAUCGUUGCUCUUCAAAAGGUUUUUCCUACUAAAUUGUCGCAAGUUCACGAAGAAAAGAAUCGGAAUGUUUAAUCCAAUCACUUCGGUAUUUAGGGGAGUGGGACAUGUAGUCGGAAGCAUAUUUGGUGGUUCAAUUGAUUUUCUUGCUGGCAAGUCCUGCAACUCUGUGUGCGGUCCAACAUGGGAUGUGGCAUGUUACAUCGAACAUUUCUGCAUCGAACAUCUUCUGAAAUUUUUCUGUGUUUCAUUCUUGCUCUACAUGGUUUUGCUAUUGUUGUAUUUCUUAUACAAAUUGAAGAUAUUUCACUGCUUUUUCAAGACAAGUUUCAAGAUGGUCGGGGCUGUUUUAUCAACAAUUUUCGCUUGCUGGGAGUAUGGAUGCAGUGUACUGUGUGGUAUGUUGAUGGCUGUUCAUGAAAAGCGAAAAAUGUACAAGAGAGAUAUUGAACUGGCAAACAUGAAUAGUAUAAGCUAUGAGGAAGACCAAGACGAAGACUCAGAUUCAGACUCAAACGAGGAGGCGAGUUUUUCUUACCAUAGAGAACAUUACAGGAGGAGACGGAGAUCGUGGUCAGGAGACAACAGAAACGACUCUUUCAGACGAUCGUUAAAGGCUAGAUCCCACCGGGUGCAUGUAGGUGUUGAUUCGGCUCGUUCCACAAAGAGAAAACAUAUUAAGGAUGAUGAUGUUCGGGUUAUUAGAACGUCAAGCUUUGCGAGGAAGGGGCCAAGUCACAAGAGAUCAAGACAUCACAGAAAGACACGAUCCAUGUAACAUAUUGUUUUUUUUUUUUAGCAUGCAAUGUAACACACCUAGUUUUCUUUCUAUAUUAUGUAAAGUUGGUACAGUUUAAUGUUAUUUCUGGUAAUUUAACUUAUGUGUUACUAGUAAGGAACCCGCGCGAUGCUGCGGGCGGCAAUGCGAUACUCGUUUCUUGUUACCUUAUCAAUUCGUUAGUGGGUUCUUCUACGCUUUGCGGUUAGCAGACCGCUUUUUGACAAAUUUUAAAUACAAACGUAAAUGCAAUGGUACCUACAACUAAUAUUAUAAAGGUACCUAGAACUAAAAUAUUAUAGUGGGAUUCUCCCGCUCUAUGCGGCGGGAAUUAGAUCAAUAUCGGUUUGGCUUGUUAUGGUACUGUCACUCGUUACCGCAACCAAAUAAGAAAACACGAAAAAUCAAGUCGUUAUAUGCCAAAAAUGAUAUCGCCAUAUAUUUUACAUCGAUUGAUAACCAUAAAAACAAAUACAAGUACCAUUAUAGAUAUCGUUCGGUGUCACUUUAUCGACACUUGUAUAGCCUAUGCAACCAAAAGAAUACAACUCCCUUUUCAACAAAAUUUAUAUGGGAAUGAAGACGAAAAAAACUAAACACAAACGUAUACGGAAAUUUUUUUAAGUUAAUGAACACAAAUUAUAACGGAAAAC